AUGCCAAAAGUCAAUAGUAACAAUUCUACUCGUGUUAAACGUCGUCAAUCAAUUUGUACAAGUAGUCCUUCAUUUCGACCUUCACCUGAUGACAAAACAACUGCUGAAAUCUUGGCAGGUCUUACUGCUGAACAUAUUCCUUUACCUGAUACCCAUUUCAUCAAGAGAGUUUUGGAAAAUUCACGCAGAGCUAAAUCAAAGAAGAAUGAUCCUCCAAGACCUCCAAAUGCAUUCUUUCUUUUUCGUAACGCACUUCAUAUUCAUUUAUCAACUCAUAACUUAAAAGUACCUCAAGUUUCAAUGGCUGCUGGAAAAUUGUGGGAUAAUGCCACAGAGAAAACAAAGAGUCAAUAUACAAGAUUGCAAGAAAUUGCCAAAGUUUUACAUCUGGAAAUGCAUCCUGGCUACGUUUACAGACCAAGAAAAAGUUUACAAGAUAAGAAGGAAGAUGAUCAACGACAACAUCAGAUAAAUAAUAAUUCGCUUAUUUCUGUUCAAUAUUCUCAAGAUAUUAAUUUACAGCAACGACAACUACAGCAGCGACAGCUACAACAACGACAGCUACAACACCAACAACAAUGCAUUUCAAAUUCAAAUGCAAUAGGACAACCCUCCAUCUUUAAUAAUACUUUGCAAAUCAUUGAUCCUACGUUAAUAACUACUACUGCACCUACGCUAGCAUCAACACCUAAUUUUAAUCUAUUUAAUGACUCAUCAAAUGGGAAUAAUGGUUUUGUUUCUGGUUUGGGAAUCCAAGACAUGUCUAACCUUAUGUCUUUUGGAUUAUGUGAACAGGAUGAUGGCACUUUCAAUGAAUGGAUCAAUUGGGACAUCAAAUUAUAA